GCAACCAAGGGCACAUGUGAUAACAGGGGACACACUGAACACGUUACCUAAAGGAGUUGCUGCCAAGCAGGGCUAUUGGUCAGUGAUAUUUGUGCUGCUGCUACGUUUUAUCCUUAGCUUUGCCCAAAAGAGUCUCGUUUUUUUCCCCUCGAAUGGGUUAUUUUAGGUCGCCGUUUCACACGGACAUUAUGAAAUGCGUUUGACUACGUUCCGCACAAUUGCUUGAAAGCUGUGAUCGUAAUGCUGUGGUAUACAACGACUUUGAGGGUCUGCUUUAGACUCGUGCGUUGGAAACCCCGUCAGAAGACCCUGCCUAACUUUACUUUCCAACACACUCCGCGGACUCUCUCCACUUCUCCGUGCGCCUCAACGCAGAAUGAGAUAAACAAACCGCUGAAGCAAUGGACUCUAGUUGUUAACCCAUUCAGCAAAGUGCGCGCACAACUCACUUGCAGCAUUUCCAUACGUCCUUUAGACCCACAUGCUUUCCCUGAGUCGAACCGUGCUUUCAUCACUGUUCACGGUACCAGUGCCGACCAGGGAAUCAAGCUGGACAACGUCCAUGUCCACUACGAUGAUCAAAGUAAGGAGCUACUUAUUCUGUCAGAGAAGGUCAACAGCAGCAUGUCCGUGGAGUUGACUGCUCCGGUAAAAAGUGAUCUUUACAUCACAGCUCAAGGAGAAGGUAAUGUUCGGGUCGAGAACAUGGAGUGUGACGUGUGCAAGGUGCAGACAGAGAGGGGGGAUUGCGUGCUGCACGCUGUCAAGGCUCACCGGGUACAGGUACGGACCCAGGGCGGGGCCGUCACCGGCGGGGGUACUAUCCACGGCGAUGUGGACAUCAGCACCACAGGGGAUGGGGCUGUGGACAUGAAGAAGGUCCAGGGGACGGUGCUGCGGGUGUCCACGGAGCGUGGCCCUCUGAAGAUAAAAGCCAUCUAUGCUGAAAACAUCCUGGUUGCCUCCAGCUCAGGACCCAUCCAGCUGGGCCAUGUGCACGGGGACGCCAGCGUGCGGUCAGAGGCUGGGGACAUCGUCGUAGACAGCUCCAGCGGUCACCUCCAGAUGUCCUCCCUGAGGGGAGACGUUGAUGCUUACGUGGGAGAGAGCGGCACCGCUGAGCUCAGCAGCCUGGAAGGUUCAGUGUGCGUGCGCCUGCCUGCCUCCUCCCGGGCGGGCCUGAGGCUGCGUGGGGACUCUGUGGAGCUCAGCCCAGAGGUCACCCUGCAGGAAGCAGACAGCUACUCCAAAAGUGGCCAAACUCACAUCACUGGCUUUAUGAACCAGCCACAGGAGGGACAGUGGAUUGACGCCCAGACAGACAAAGGCACCGUCAGGGUGAAGACACAGAGCUGGUUUGAGUCCCUGAAACUGGGGAGCUGAGUUCGUCCCUUCCUCGAACCCUUGAAACCUGGGCAGUAGAGCCCCCCCACCCCCAGGCUGGCAGGAU